UUCACUCGACGUCUCGGUGGAAUUGGUGACGCUGAUCCCGUCACAACCACGCGAGAACCCCACCGGUAGAAGAAGAUCUCCAAUCAGCGCGGGUCUACGUCCUGACAGAGUGGGCAGCGCAGCUGCACAAGACCACCCUUCACACGGUUGUGACACGGUAGCUGGUUCAACAAAAUUUCCUUCAUCGAGAGCAGCAGGAGUCACUGCAUUGACAACAGGAAGAAGGAGCUUCAUCAUCAGCAGCAAGAGGAAAUUCAGCCAAGACACGAGAUACGUCUACACAUCAAACAUCUAGGUUUCACCGUGUGGGUUGCCGGCACACAUUCGCAUCUCACGAAGUAGGCCGUGAAGCCGAAGAACUCAGCAGUCUUACUACGCACUAGGCUGACACGGAGAGCUGCAGUUGGAAUUUUCCCCGAACUCUGAAGUUUAAGCUGGUGGAUUGGUCAGCGCUUCACAAUAGAGUUGCGCUGGAAAGAAGGGACUGUACGACAUUUCCCCGAACCUUGAAGAGAGCUGGUAACUUGGGCAGCACUUCACAAAAAGGUUGAGCUGGAAGACAAGAACUGUUCAAAUGGAAUUUCCCCGGAUCCUGAAGAGGGCUGCACUUCACAAAGGGAUCGCGCUGGAAGGAAAGAGCAGUUCGAGGUCAACGGAAUUUCCCCGAACCCUGAAGCGAGCUGGUAGCGUGGACAGCACUUCGGCAAAUAGGGUGUCGCUGGAAUACGAACCGAGCUCGAACAACGACAAGUACGCCCCUCUGAGCACCGGAGAGAGCGCGGAAACAAGAAUAGUGCCAGGUUUGGCCACCUGCAUCUACAAUUCGAAGUCGUCAACACCAAGGAUAGUACAGUUCUGCAAGAGGAAGCCUCAUCCUUUGAGCAAGAAGCCUCAUCAUUUGAGCAAGAAGCCUUAUCAUUUGAGCAAGGGAUUUCAACGGAGGAACAAGUCGAGUCAAACUGACACGGAAGAGGAAGAAGAUUGGCAGCAGCAGCUGGAACCGGGAACACCAAGAACCAAAUAUGGCGCAAGACAGACGUUGGAGAUCAAGAACAUGAAGAAGAUGGUCGUGGUCAACCUGACUCCUACCGAAUCGGAUCCAGUAGCGCCUCCGCUCAAGAGCAUGCACAAGGCGGAGGGGUGCGAAUGCCUGGACCUGAAGCAGGGAGUGCUCAUAAACCACUACCUGGGGUCCCGCGGAGACUACCUGGAAAGGGUACAUCGGUACUGGUCGGUGCGAUAUAGUAUGCUGGUCUUCCGGGUCCGCAGGUGA